GACGUGGUCGCAUGUUCAGCGGUCAGCCGUCGACGAGAGGCCCUAGCUCUCAAUUGUCCUUACUUACAUCAGCCUCGUCUGCAAGCCACUCCGCACGCACCUCUCAGCCACUAGUCUCGCGAGCAGCGCAUUGUGCCCCAAUCGAGCGACUGAGGCAGACUGUACUCCUCGACAUCGACAGGCGUGAGACCGCAGGAAAUAUGGCUGUGUACGCUCAUGCCCAUGGCGUCUGGGCGCUGCGCCAUGUGGAGUUUGAGCUCAAUCUGGCGAGACUCAUCUUGAGAGAGUUGUGGUCCAGCUGCUCACUACUACUCGACACCUCUUCACGACGAUGUCUCGUUGCGUCAGUCUCGUCACCGUCCUGUUGGCAGUACACAGCGUGUCUGCCCACUUCGUGUUCACGGCCGUGAUGGGUAGCAAUAAUGUUACCGGGCCAGCAUUAGGCGUCAUCACAUCCUUUUCGAGAACGGGAGCAUCUAUCAAUCCUUACCAAAUGGACACAGCCAUCUACCGUCAGCGUGAGAUUGACGAGGGCAUAAGUGGUCAAUGCGGUCGCACGCUUGCCGAUGGGCCCAUCAACAUCGCCGAGGGUAUCCGUACCGCCACAGACGAGAACACGCCUGCUUUUUCGGCCCAGGGCGAGAUGCCUAUCAAGGUCGACGUCGUCAACGAAGACGGCGCUGGUCCUUUCGACUGCGAUGUCAGCGAAGAUGGCGGCCAGACGUUCAGACCAUGUGAGGUGGUCACACAAGUGCCCGGAAAGAACGGCAAAGAUACUUUCAUUACGACUGAAUAUCCUCUCGUGCUCAAAGUGAAUGCCCCAAACUGUCGCGGAGGACCUCAGAACAACAUCUGCCUCGUUCGCUCACGCAACACAGCGCCCAACGGUCCCUUCGUGGCAUGCUUCGCCGCCAUGAACGCCAAGACACCCAAUGCGGAAAUGCCAAAGAUGCCCGCAAUCCGUAAGAUCCGCGCAGUGACACCAGGCUUCGACAAGGUCGUCGAUCCACCUUCACCCACCACGCCUGCGGCUCCUCGUCCCGCUGCAGCUGCUCGUCCUGCUCCAGCUGCUGGUGGCGCGGGUGGUAAUCGUCUCGAAAAGGCAGUGAAGCGGCUACUUGGCAAGCGAGCCAACCCCGUCAAAGGCGCUAUCAAAGCCGUCGGUCGUGCGGUGCGCAGACCGGGAGCCAACCGUAACCGUGCAGCAGCCGGAGCCGGUAAGAACCGCGCUGCGCGGCCUGCUCGACCUGCUCGCGCGGCAAACUAGUCAUGCAAGCUGGCCUUGCUUUCACACUACACGGUCACACGCGCCUGACGCACCGCACAUCUGUCACAAUGCAUUGCUUCACAUGCAC